CCCAGUUUUCAGCGACCAAGCCCGGCUAGCCCUGGCCGUCUGGAACCGAGACGACUUCAUACCUGAAGUGCAAGACGUAUUCAGCAGCCCUGAAGCUACUGCAUUCUUCAGAGAUCUGAGGCUACCACCAAGCGCAGAUAACCUAUGUCGCUAUGGAGACCCAUUCCGUCCCGGGGACAACAGUGUCUCUGUUUUUUAUGCAGGAGUUGGGACCGAAAAGUUCAGGGAUGAUGUCGCACCUUUCCGGGAGAUUGCCCGUCCCUGCGUUCCAUGUGUUAAGUCAUGUGACAAGUUUGACUGUGACCCGGACUGUUCCGACGUUGACAUUUCAGCCUUCCACGUCAGGAUAGACAACCUUACUCUCAGUCCUAACGUCAGCUUCAAGCAGCUGGAUGGUAUAAACGUUACAGACACUGCUGCGGUCUACUACAUCACAGUUAAAGCUGUAUCAGGAUCUGGACGUACAGCAUUGGCUUGUUCAAAUGGUGUUUACGUCGACGUCACACCGCCAGACAUCCAGGGUAUAGACCACGUGGACAUGUCAUGGGACGAUGAAGAGAUUGGAGAGUACCAGGGGAGCAACAGCACAAUCGCCGUUAGGUACAGUGCCUUCGACAGAGAAAGUCAGGUUGCUGAGUACUUUUGGGCAAUAGGGACGGCUCCGUGGGCAACUGAUGUUCAGCCCUUCAAGUCCAACGGUCUACAAGAGAUGGCUGUGAACUCUGACCUAGAGGGUAUUUUGCAUCAUGGUUCAACGUAUUACGUCACUCUAAAAGCUGUCAACGGUGCUGGUCUGGAGACAACAGUAACCUCUUCAGGCGUCAAAGUGCUUCAGGGGUACCCAAAUGUCACAAAGACGAACACAACUGCGCUAUUUGGUGCGAAUUUACCACACGAUGUCUAUCCUGAUGACGUCAUGGAGGUGACUGACCUGACACACGUAGGAAUCUCAUGGGAGCGUCCACAGGAGGACCAAAGCAUCACCUCCAUCUUCUUCAGUGUAAGCAGCAGCGAGGACGGAACUGGUGACAUCUUUCCCAAAACCCGGGUUGGUCUCAACGACUCGGGCAGCGUUGUCAUUGCAGACGGGAAGGUAGAAACUUACGGCAGAGUUGUGAACAUCACUGAUAUACGGCAGCAUAGCGGUGAAGUGAAGGAUGUAGUAGAGUCAAGCAAAUUUGUGAUGGAACCUGGCAGGACUUUGUAUCCGAAGUUACUUCUAUGUAACGGUGCUCAUCAGUGUACGGAUGUCAACGUAAAGAAGUCAAUUUACAUUCGACCAGGAGACAUUACUGCAGUAUCUCACAACGGAGAGGGAGUAGAAGUCGUGUUGAACCAGACUAAAUUCACAAGCAUUUCAAUAAGAACUCCGGGAGGACUGCGAAAAGGCACUGCAAUUGUAUCUGGUUUGCUUGAAGACAAAGAUAUCACAACUGAAUACACGUCAGACGCUUCAGCAGACUUCAAGCCCUUCGUCACCGAUCCAAGUUUUACCAAGGAUAUCGCUGACCGAUGGCUGAAGAACAGGAUACAGUAUUGGUUGGACGUCAAUUUCUUCGUGACCACGUUGGGGAAUGUGGAGCUACCAGGUCCCAUCAACAUUACCGUGCCUAUCAACACAACACAGAUAGAGCCUGGACUGGAACCACGACUUCUCUACUGGAACUUGGAACAAGGAGAAUGGCAAGAUGCACAAAGAACAUGUAGCAGAGGCGGGGAAGCACAAACGCCUUUAGAUUGGACGGACAAUUACGCGCAUUUCCAGGUGUGCAAAACCAAUGUUUACAACAGAAAGAGGAAUGCCAGACGAAUGCCCAAAAGUAUACACGAAGCCAGAGGUUACUUCCAAGGCUCCACGCAUCUCACCCUCGCCGCUGUUGACAAGACCUUUCUGAACUCUCCUCCGGUCCUUACUUCCGACACUUACAUAAAUGUGCGUGAAGAUGAAGAAAGGGCGAUCAUGAUCGAGUACUAUGAUAACGAAGACGAUCGUCUUGCCUUCUUCAUCACUGGCCCGCCUCACCUCGGACAAGCUCAGCUCCGCAAUGAAGAGGAUUUCCUGAUUGUCCUUUACGACCCCCGCCUGGAUUGUUACGGAACAGACACAAUCAACAUAUUGGCUGUAGAGAUGCUGCCAAACAACAUGAACCCUCACCACGUCAACGUCGAGCUGGUGGUGGAGGUGCAGCCCAGCAAUGACGAUCCAGUUCUGUUUGUCCUUGUUGAGAACAACCCUGCCGUAAUCGUUCCCACCAAACGGUUAGACCUUACAGUGGAGGUGAACCGUGUGUCUAAUGUGAAGUAUAUUGACCUCCAAGUGGUCAUCGGAGCCUAUGACGUUGAACCUGAGGACACGGUGACUCUGUACUUUAGUGCAGGGGGUAAUGGCACCAUAUCAACAUCACAGCAGGAAAGGCGUGUUGACUUCAGUUACGAUGGUUGCAGCACCAACAACACUUGGUUUUCGGUUGUCAGAGAACACGAUAAAAGCAACUCUACAAGAGCUCUACAUCUGGGCCCAUGUGACAUUCAAGCACCGCAUCCUUUACAAGACAUGGCUUGGGUAUUCACCACUCUCACAUACAGACCACAUACAAACUUCACAGGGAGGGAUGUAAUAAAGAUCAACGCCAGAGAUCAACAUGGCGGCAUCUCUCGUGUUGUGACCCUGGAUCUUUACGUUUUGGAGAACCUGUGUGAACAUGGCGGGGAGUGUGUUGGUGAUGUCACUGAUACUGGUUGUACAUCAAAGGACAGAGCCAAAGGAUUUGAUGGGUACUGGUGUAACUGUACGAGCGCACCAGGCUGGACAGGCAGACUUUGUCAGACCGACUAUGAUGAAUGCCUUUCAACUCCCUGUCCUGGCAAUUACACAUGUAUUGACCAGGUGAACGGUUACGUCUGUGAGUGCGGAAAUCCCAGCUGGCCUUGUGCGGGGAAGUUGACAGCUUGGCAGAUCUGCUUGAUCGUGUUGGCAGCUGUUUUUCUGCUACUCCUGGCAAUAUUCUUAUGGAGGAAAUGGAAGAGGUCCAGUGACAGCGUAAAGAGAACAGAAUCAAUGUUCUUCAGAGGCUCAAGGGUGUCACCAGGCAACACAUUGAUCAACGUGAAACCGGUUCAUGGUGAAACUGGCAGAGAUGGUGACGCUAAGGGUCCAGAGCCAUGUGAACCCCGUUGUGAUACUGGACUGGACAGGGAUGGGCCAGCCUCGUGCCAGAAACGCCGUGCUUGGGAGGGUGACAACACUUCCGACCGACAGGCUGCCGCCUUGCUCAACUGGCAGUGGAAGCCAACGCACAGUACCGAGAUAUGUGACCGCCCCAUCGGUCUGCUGCCCGGGGCUGUCACUGAGCUCAAGCCGCUGCGAGGAACUCCCAUGAAGAAAGCCGACCUCUAAAUAAGACAAAAGGACCAUCAUGCAUCACAUUUUGGCUUGAUACGGACGCUUUUAAGCAUAUGCUUUUAGGCCAGUAAGCAACUGCAACUACUUAACAGUGAUAUCUAUCUUUAGCAGGUAAUUUCUUGAACACGCUGAUGAUAUUCAUUUUGAAAUUUAUUCCUUUCCGUUUUGAUUUUGUUUUGGUGUAAGGGUUAGGUGAUUGUAAAAAGCAGAGCAUCAUUUACCAAGUCAGCAUCAAAGUUCGCAAGUGUAAAGCCGAUACAAGUUCACAUGACAUAAAUCUGUCUCUAGUAAGCGUAAGUCUGUUUGUUAGAAUGGUGUAGUGUGUCUUACAAUAUUGAUAAGGCCAUGUUGAUUUGAUUAUAUAGAUGACAUCCACGCGCGCACCAAUUUCGGCCAUUUCCAAAGAAAGUUUUCGACCAUACUGUAAAGCAGCUGUAAAAUGAGCACAAAUAUGCCGAAUAUUGAAAACAAGUAUAGGAAAACAGAUAACUGAUGUCAUACAAUGCCAAAGCAAAUAUAAAGUCAACGAAUAUUGGAAUAGAAUGUUAAAGAACAUUCAGGUCCAGAGCAUCAGUUCCAAGUCCGGACCUGAACCUGGACCUGAUUGUUAAUUGGCGAUACUAAAAACAAUGGUCAAUUUUACUACAAAGGAAUCCGACAAAGGACUAUCGGACUUCCACUGGCGUUUUAAAAUCCUAUUUUCAUGUAAUCAAGGCUAACUGCCUCGUAGAAAAUUGGUAUACAAAUGACAAUAAACACUACUCGACUUAGUUCUUGUUAUUUUCUUGGCCCGGCAAGCCCCAAAACACUUGAUAUAGCGUGUUUAUAUUUCUACCGAUUUAUUUUAUUUGUUUUUUCGGACCGGUCCAACAAGGAAAAACGGGUUUGUACCGGUACGCCGUACCGGUCCCUACACCUAAUUGUUGGUUUACCAUACUAUGUGUGUUUAGUCCUAUAUCCAACCUUCCUUACCGCUUAGAAUUCAUACCGAAGGCAACUUUUUUCCAAACACCUUUUAUUAGCACUCUCACAACAGUUUUGGGGCUCCGAGAGGAUACCAUCCAUACAAUAGCAAUCAAAUCAACAUGGCAUAACAGGAAUGAAACAUUUCAUUUUUAUAUAUAAUUCCAUUCUUCAUUACAUGAAUUGAUCAGUAUACUAGUAAAUGGAAAUCAUGAAGAUUUUUCCUAAACUCCAAUUGAUACCGUAUUUAGUCACUGUGUUUUAGACAAUUUAGCGCUUUGAUGGCAAAUAAAAAUGCUACAGUAGCAGUGUUUUGAAGUGUUAUUCAAGUUUUAGGCACUUAAGGCCAUGUUUGGUAAAGGACGUGGAUGAAGCCAUCUCCUAUAUCUUUCCCAACAAUCUCUCCUCUGAGUUUCGUCUCGUCUAGACCUAAGAUAUUCAGCUUCCUCCUUUUUCAUGAUUUGUAAAAUCUCAUCUUCUUUUUGUCUAAUGCCAAUAUUCAGUGUCCCAAUUCUUAGUCCAUUGUACUUUCCUGGGUCGGACUUCGUUUUCCUCCGUCCAUUUUCAAACAGACAAACAAGCAUCGUAUACAAACGUUUGAAUAUUUUCUACUUCUGUGCAAAUGCUUGGACCCCAUUGGUCAGAAGUAGAGAGAAAGGGACCAAAGGGACCGCUAGCGCGGAAGCAAAUUCAAGAUGGCGGUGGUCUCAUGUCGGAUGGUGUCCCAGUGUGUUUCACUCUUUUUGUGGGUAUUUCCGAAAUUUCUACGUUGUCUGUGACUCUCGUUAGCGGGAAGAAUACGUAACAGAUGAAGGAAUGGAUGUGUUAAGUGUUCUAAGAAAUAUCGUGUUCACUUAUCCGAAAAAAUUACGCGAAGCGACUUCCAUGUAUAAUGUGUGCUGUCGCCUGCCGGACAGAUUUAGCAUUUGAAAUAGCGACAGCCUGAGAGGUAUUGUUUAAAUACAAACGUUUGGCUUUAUUAACAUUUAUCAAGCCAUUGUUAGAUGCUCACCAUGUUUAAAACUGCUCAAGUUAGAAAGUUAAAGUUAUCAGCCGGUAUAAACCAGAUAACGUUUUUUAUUUUGAGAUAUCUUCACCAAAAUUGCGCCAUUUUCAAACAUGGUA